UCCCCGGCGCCGCGGCUCGCAGCGGGCGCAGCGGGAGCUGCCCAUGGGCUGGGCCCGGGUUUGGGGCGCGCCGGGAGCCGGCAGGCAUGCCCCAGACGCUAAGCACCUCCGACAUGGUCACCCCAGGCAGCUUCAGCCCACCUCCCACAGAACCCACAGAUGGCGAGCAGGCCGGACAGCCCCUUUUGGAUGGAGCUCCAUCCUCAGCCUCUCUGGACACCCUGAUUCAGCACCUGGUCCCCACAGCCGACUACUAUCCUGAGAAAGCCUAUAUCUUCACCUUCCUGCUGAGCUCUCGCCUCUUCAUCGAGCCCCGGGAGCUUCUGGCCCGGGUCUGUCACCUGUGCAUCGAGCAGCAGCAGCUGGACAAGCCAGUGCUGGAUAAGGCCCGGGUCCGGAAGUUUGGCCCCAAACUGCUCCAGUUGUUGGCUGAGUGGACAGAGACCUUCCCACGGGACUUCCAGGAGGAAUCAACCAUCGGGCACAUGACAGAUGUGGUGGGACGCAUCGCCCCAUGUGACGAGGCCUACCGAAAGAGGAUGCAUCAGCUCCUACAGGCUCUGCACCAGAAACUGGCAGCUCUGGACCAGGGGCCAGAAGGCCUGGUGGGUGCCGACAAGCCCAUCUCCUACCGGACCAAGCCACCGGCCUCCAUUCACAGGGAGCUCCUUGGGGUCUGCAGCGACCCCUACACACUGGCCCAGCAGCUGACCCACGUGGAGCUGGAACGGCUACGACACAUCGGGCCUGAGGAGUUUGUCCAGGCUUUUGUGAACAAGGACCCUUUGGUCAGCACAAAGCCCUGUUUCAGUGACAAGACCAAUAACCUAGAGGCCUAUGUGAAAUGGUUCAACAGAUUGUGCUACCUUGUGGCAACUGAGAUCUGCAUGCCAGCCAAGAAGAAGCAGAGGGCUCAGGUGAUCGAGUUCUUCAUCGAUGUGGCCCGAGAGUGCUUCAACAUCGGCAACUUUAACUCCCUGAUGGCCAUUAUCUCUGGCAUGAACAUGAGUCCCGUCUCCCGACUGAAGAAGACUUGGGCCAAAGUGAAGACGGCCAAGUUUUUCAUCCUGGAGCACCAGAUGGACCCAACGGGAAAUUUUUGCAACUAUAGGACAGCCCUGCGUGGGGCAGCUCACCGCUCCCUGACUGCCCACAGCAGCCGGGAGAAGAUCGUCAUCCCCUUCUUCAGCCUGCUCAUCAAAGACAUCUACUUCCUGAACGAGGGCUGUGCUAACCGCCUUCCCAAUGGACACGUCAACUUUGAGAAAUUUCUGGAACUGGCCAAGCAGGUUGGAGAGUUCAUCACAUGGAAACAAGUGGAAUGUCCUUUCGAGCAAGACCCCAGCAUCACUCACUAUCUGUACACUGCCCCCAUCUUCAGUGAGGACGGUCUUUAUUUGGCUUCCUAUGAAAGUGAGAGCCCAGAGAACCAAACAGAAAAAGAGAGGUGGAAAUCUCUAAGAUCUUCUAUUUUGGGGAAGACAUGA